AUGGUAUUCCAGAAGCCAGAUGAGCGCGACCUAACAGCGUGGAAGCCGAACGAAGCAGCGCCCUGGCCUAAUGGUGUUUCAUCCUACAUCCAUACUCUCGACAGCGUCAAGAAUCAUGUAGCCGAACUUUUCACCCACUAUCGCCAAUUCGAGGAACGCACUUCUCAAUCCACACUGAUCACAAAAGACAUCAAUGAUCAACUCGCAGAAUUGCGCGAGCGUAUAGAUACAGACAAGUUCUCCGGGCCAACAACAGGGAACCUGAAGAAGCACAUUCCGGACGCACGCCAGAACGAAAUCAUGCUACCUGAUGGUAGCCCAGGCCGUUCUUUUGUUAACAAGGGAAGGCCAGACGUGUGUCCGACAGGCAGUGAAGGAGAACCUGUCGGGUUGUUUUAUGGCUCGGGAACAGCCUACCAGCGUUGCCAGGGCAUGAAACGAGAGUGCAAGAGGAUGGAAGAAAAUUUAGAACUGGUAUCCGUCGCUACGCACAAGAAACGCGGCUCAAAGCAUCGAAGGAACGGAGCCAGAGCAAUGGAAAUCGUCAGCCGUAGAAUUUCUUGCAAAACAGACAUCUGGCAAUAUUGCGGAUUUUUCGAUCAAAAACCCAAAGAAUCUCUAUCUCAAAAAGUGGUCAAAAGGAUAGACCAUUUUCAUGAAGAGAUCAACUCGCAAGAUCUUCCCUCAAUUGAGAACUGA